UUUUCUUCCGGUUUAAAUCUUAAUUCCGGUGUGUUUACAGAAGAUAGCCGCAUCGUAUCACGUGUUAACGUGCUCAGUAUAGCUGUUUUCACGUAAAAUGCGAUAUAAUGUCUGAUCAUCUGCAGUUUUAAACGAACUGACUCCGUUAAUUAAAAGUGCAUGCGUUUCCCCGUGCUUUUAUUAUGUAACAAAUAACUCCGAUUGCUUAAUUCAUUUAUUAAUAAAAUAUUUGUGCAUAUAAAUAUGCAUGUAAAUCCUAAAAAUGUAAAUCGUGGGUAAAAGACCGGAACAAUUUUCUCAUCAAACAUAAUUCGUUUGGUAUUCGCAGCAUCGGUUUUGUCAGUUUAAUUAGUGUUUUUAAAAGUUAAAAGUCAGCUGAGCAGAAGGCCUGAUCUCAUAAUACAGAGAUUUGGAUGUAAUAAUGAUCAUAGCAGUUCUCAAUGACUCCCGACAUCUGAAGACACAGUGGAUGAUGUUUGUUUAUGAAGAGAAAGCGUCCCCCAAUCCACCUAAAUGUGUCCAUGUUUGCGUGAAUAACUCCUGAUCCAGAUUCACCUCCAGAAGAAAUUAUUCUGUCCCGUGGUUCACAUGGCUCGCGUUUUCGUCUACGGCACGCUGAAGAAAGGCCAGCCCAACUACUUCAGGAUGAUGGAUCCUGCCAACGGUCGGGCUGAGUUCCUCGCUCGCGCUCGAACCGUAGAGCCGUACCCCCUCGUGAUCGCCACCGAACACAGCAUCCCCUUCCUGCUCGACGCUCCCGGGACGGGCCGGCGCGUCUGCGGAGAGAUCUACCGCGUGGACCAGAAGAUGCUGGAGUUCCUGGACCGCUUCGAGCGCUGCCCUCACUGGUACCAGCGCGCCGAGGUCCGGUUAGAGGUGGAGGACGGAGACGGAGAGGGAGAAAACGCGCUGAGGCCCGGAAGCAUCGAGGAGGCGUUCGUGUACAGGAAGACUACGCAUGAACCCGAGUGGCUCCAGAAACCCACAUAUGAGAGUUAUGAUGCAUAUGGAGAUCACGGACUGAAAUAUGUGCGUCCUGAAGACAGAAGCCCUGAGUAGUGACUACACCAAGAGUCAAGCCUAAAAGGAACCGUAGCAUAGCAUCGGAAAACAGGAUCCAAAAUCAACACUUGCUGAUCAAUUAAUCACAGAAAGAAAAAUCAUCAGACGCUGGAGUCAUGUCGUAGCAUGUAAGUGUCAAAUGUUUUUUAAAAUGUGUUUAUUUUAAUUGUUAAUUGUCAUUGUGUUCUUCUGCUUUAUACUGUACAGUGCUUUGAUGCGACCUGCGUUGUUAAAAGCGCUAUAGAAAUAAAAAUGAUUGAUUGAUUUGAUCAUUUUGACGGGUGCUUUGGUUUAUUUGGCUCAACUCAGCACAAAGUAUGAAUAAGAGAGGAGGCGAUUAGGAAACACGCCAGUUUUUGAUUGGUUUCCCAAAACCAGUCUCAACAAACUUAAAGAUUGUGAUUUUAUAGACUUGAGGUGAUAUUGGGUUUACAUUUACACUCCAGUGUCUGAUGGCUUGUAGACUUUAUUUGUGAUUCAUUUACUGGCAGUUAGCUGAAAUGUCGCAUCGGAUGGAACGACGCGAAAGAGUUAGCAAUAAAAGGUGCUUGGGGCAAUAUAGUAGUAGUAGGGAUAAUAUAAUAUUACAAUAUUAUGUGCAAUAGCAAAACACUCCAGUGCAGGAUAUGGAGAAAUCAGGUGUUUACUUUGUAUGUGCCGUACUUCCAUGUUUGCUGUAUCUGUAUAUAUGCUGUAGAAGUGUUUUAAGAGUUUUCUAAAUUGCAAUUUGAAAUAAAAUAAUUCAUUCAAAA